AUGGACUCGGUGUCAAUCCCCUGGAAAAUAAUGGCACGUUUCCUUCUGGGCUUCGGGGAGAAGCGGGAGCCAGAGUCUCGAUUCCGAUCAGCAUCAAUCAGUCAGGCUUCAGGGACAGGAGAUGUGCCGGCCACGGCAGGAGCUGGAGGGAUAAUGGGAAUAGCGGGUGAUGAUAACCGCACAGGAAACGAGGAAGAUGAAGCUGAGAUGAACUUUCCGUUACGGCUCUCUCCUUCUUUCCUUCCAGUUUCUCCGAAGAUAUUUCGUAUUUCGAGUGACAUCGUGGUGAACGAAGGCAGCAACGUUACUCUGGUGUGCCUGGCCACGGGGAAGCCGGAGCCUUCCAUUUCCUGGAGACACAUCUCUCCCUCUGCAAAACCCUUUGAGAGCGGGCAGUACCUGGACAUCUACGGAAUUACAAGAGACCAGGCUGGGGAGUAUGAAUGCAGUGCGGAAAACGAUGUCUCGGUCCCAGAUGUGAAAAAAGUAAAAGUCACAGUAAACUUUGCCCCCACAAUUCAGGAACUUAAAUCCAGCGGUGUGGUGCUUGGAGGGAACGGACUGAUACGGUGCGAAGGUGCAGGAGUUCCUGCCCCGGUCUUUGAGUGGUACAAAGGAGAGAGGAAACUGAUCAAUGGUCAACAAGGAAUUACUAUUAAAAAUUAUAGUACAAGAUCACUUCUUACUGUUACCAAUGUGACAGAAGAGCAUUUUGGCAACUAUACAUGUGUCGCUGCCAACAAGCUAGGGACGACCAAUGCCAGCCUGCCUCUCAACCCUCCCAGUACAGCCCAGUACGGGAUCACCGGUGACGCUGAAGUCCUCUUCUCCUGCUGGUACCUUGUGUUGACACUGUCCUCCCUCACCAGCAUAUUCUACCUGAAGAACAUCAUUCUGCACUAAAUGUAAAGACCCAUAAAAGGCUUUUAAGGAUUCUCUGAAAGUGCUGAUGACUGGAUCCAAUCUGGUAGAGUUUGUUAAAAGCAGCGUGGGAUAUAAUCAGCAGUGCUUACAUGGGGAUGAUCGCCUUCUGUAGAAUUGCUCAUUAUGUAAAUACUUUUUUUUUUUUUUUUUUUUUUUUUUGAUUAGCUGCAUUACCUUGUGAAGCAGUACACAUUGUCCUUUUUUAAGACGUGAAAGCUCUGAAAUUACUUUUAGAGGAUAUUAAUUGUGAUUUCAUGUUUGUAAUCUACAAGUUUUCAAAAGCAUUCAGUCAUGGUCUGCUGAGUUGCAGGCCGUAGUUUACAAAAAAAAAAAUAUAUAUAUAUAUUGCAGUAAAAAUGUGCUUCUUUAAGGCUGCAAUACAAAUAUUCAGUUCCCUUCUUAAAUAGCAUUCUAUCCACAUUUACACAGAAACACUUUUUUUUUCUUUUUUGAUAAAAAACGAAAAACAAAAAACAAAUAAUAUUGCCUUCAAAAUAUUUCUUCAAAAUAUUACACAUAUCUAGAUUUUCUUCUAGCAUGAUAUUCAGGUUUCAAGAAUGAGCCUUGUAUUAUAACUGCAUUGUGCAGUACUGCUUUCUGUUUCCUUCCUCUUUUUUUCCUGCAAAUUCAGCAUGGGUGUGCCUUCAUAAACCACUACUUUCCUCUUCCUCUCCAACCAAUCUGGAAUGUGUUUUGGGAAAUGCUAAAGCAUCCUUCUGAGCAUAAGAAAUCUCCUGUCGAGGACAAAGGUGCUAGUGGUUAAAAGGAAAAAAAAAACCUCCUGUCCCAUCUCCAGGGGGGGUCAUCAAACUGCUUCCGACUUAGGUUUUUAGGCAACCAGUCAAGGACAGCACCAACUCCUCCUUCUGUUUUCCAUCACCCAUCACUAACCAGUAGGUAAUCUCUGUAAAAACUAGUUUUCCCGUUACAAAACGGAACGCCAAUUAUUUCGAGGCAUCUUUUGAAUGUAGGAACGUUUCCCUUAGUCACGCUAAAUCAAAAUUCCUAAAUGGCUGUAAAUGUCUGAAGCUGAAUAGUCCCUUUUGUAUUACUGGCAAAAACUAUGUGAAUCGGUAUUUUUCUUGCACUUAAUUUUGUACUGGUUUGGCUAAUUUAGCAGUGAUAAAGGAUGCUUUUAAAUAUUAGAUAUCUGAAAAUACAUGAAGUAUCAAGCAGAAUUUUAUAUAUAUACAUAUAUAUAUAUAUAAAAUACAUAUAUAUAUUAAAACGAGGUUGCUCCAAUAACUGUACUGAAGUGCAUGUUGCCGUCCCUGACAGAAUCACCUUGACAGACGGGACUCCAUUACCGACGUACUAACACUGCACAAGUAUCGUAGCACAGCAGUUAAGUCCUCACACACAAUUCCUAGUACUGCAGUCCAUCAAGAUAAUACUCUCAUUUCACUCAGUGAAGGAUCAAGUUUAAAAAUAGCAUAGAAUGCUACUAACUUUUUUUUU